AUGCAGGCAGAUUCGACCGGAAGAAGAAGAAGAAGCAGCAGCUUCGAGCAUGACGGUGCCGUGCGGGAGACAGCGGCGGACGCAUCGCUUUGCAAACUCUCUGCUAGUCAACUAGGCUACUACGUUGAUCCAUUCGUGCAGUUCUUCGUCCCGACUCCGUCGCGUCGCAUGCCGAUUAUCAACCGCGGCUACUACGCUCGAGUUGCAGCUGUCGAGUCGCUCGUGCGCAAAUUCUUGCGCGCUGGAGAGAGCAGUCGUCAAGAGACUAAGAAACAAGUGGUGAUUUUAGGUGCAGGGCUGGACACGAUGUUCUUCCGACUACAAAGCAGCAACGUGCUUAGAAAUUGCGAGUACUUUGAGCUCGACUUUCCAGACGUGACCAUGCAGAAAGUGAGCACGAUCAAGCGCCGCAAACCUCUACAAAAACUGCUUGGGCUUAGCACUGCAGAAGGUUUUAUGGCUGCCUUGUCAUCGGGGUAUACGGAGCUCAAUGUGCCGGGUUAUCAUCUACUUCCUUGUGAUUUGAGAGACUUGGACGGCACGACGACGAAAUUAGAAGUAGCAGGCAUCAAUCGCAACGUACCGACGCUGUUUGUGUCGGAGUGUGUGUUGAUUUACAUGGAGGCAAAGUACUCUACGCAGCUUGUUGCGUGGGCUGCAUCGUACUUUGAUGAUGUGAGUUUUGUACUCUACGAACAGAUCUUGCCUGACGACGCUUUCGGAAGAGUAAUGAUGGCGAAUAUUAAGGCGCGUGGGUGCGACUUAUUGAGUAUUCACGACUUUCCGACCGUGGAAGCGCAGAUCGCACGAUUUAUCGACCACGGCUACGAGGUAGCGCAGUGCUGGGAUAUGAACAAGAUCUACUAUCACUUCUUGGAUCCAGCUGAACGUGCCAUGCGCGAACGACUGGAAAUCUUUGAUGAGCUAGAGGAGUUCCAUUUGCUGCAGGCGCACUAUUGUGUCGUUGUUGCUACCAAGCUGGCCUCGUCGCCAGCAGCCCGUGCAAUCGCGUUUAGUGACUCAGAUGCAUGA